AUGACCUUUGACUCCAUUGUCCACGUUAUUACGCUACGCACAAUGAAGUGCAACGAAGCCAAGAGCAGUCAGACUCUAGAUUGCGCAGUCUGGUUCAUCUAUCGAUGCGGCUGUAGCGAGACGGCCACCUUCACAGACCACACACUGCCAGAGAACCCGCUACUUCGCGACGACUUUCCGGCAUCGCGCAUGCUUGUGUCACUGGAUCAGAGUCCAUGCCCGCUAGUCUCGAUAAGAACGACGCUGUUGGAGACCGAUGAUUGUCAUGACUGCUGGAGGUCCAGAAAAGCAGCAGAGGCAGGAGGACAUCGGCACGAAGGGGAAAUUUUCAGGCCGGACGGAUCGGUGCACAAUAGUCGCGAGAGCCCUGUCGAGUCCCCGUCACCAGGCGAAGAUGCACGCAUCCACGAAGCAGCGACUGUGCCAAAUGGAGGAUCUCGGAGAAAGAGGAUACCACUGGGCGAGGUCUGCAAGAACUUGAUUUCGAAAUCCACGGCAGACACAGACUCCUCGCUCCAGUGA